GUGUGUCACACAAAAUGUGAUACAUUUAUAUCACGUUCAAUAUUACCUUUAAUUAUAUUAUUAAUAAUACUUAUCAUAAAUUGUAUUCAAAUCAAUGAGUUUUGAAUGAAUGUCAAUGAAUAAUGAAAACCAUAUGACAAUACAUAUAUGUAUUGAAUAGUGUACAACAAUUUUACAUUCAGUGUUUAUGUUAUGUUAAUUAUAGUUACAGUUAUAUACUAUCGUUAAAAUCUAUUGAAAUAUACACUUCUCCCUAACUAUUGGUAUAUUAAGUGAUAUUUAAUGUAAAAUAAUAUUUUUUUCUUCGUUCAAAAUACAGGUUUGAAUUUGUUUUCGUAGACUUUCAUUGCAUUGAAUAUAACGUGAAGUGAUUUAUUUGGGAUCAAAAUGAGUGUCAAUUCUGGGAAACGAUUGAUCGGAAGAUUUUUGCGGAUCAUUUUGGACACAAUCGCGGCUCUCAUUGGCUACAGAUAUCCGACACAACGCCGAUAUUUGCCGCCGAUUGACAAUCGCAUACUUCUUGAGUCGGCCACAGAUAUCGCCGCACAAAUCAAAUCGCGAAAAAUCACCAGCGAAGAGGUGGUGAGGGCUUACAUUGAUAGGUGCCGUUCAGUACAGCCGCACAUCAAUGCCAUCAUUCAAGACAACUACGACGAGGCGCUCAAAGAAGCCAAACAAGUGGACAGACGGGUGCGGGAGGCGGCGGUCGGCCAGUCGUUUGAAUCGCAGCCCUUCCUCGGAGUGCCCUUCAGCUGCAAGGACUCGAUUGCUAUAAAGGAUUUCCUGUGGACGUCGGGUCUGUACACGAGGAAAGGCAUCACCGCCGACGCCGACAGCCAUGUGAUCGCUUUGAUGCGAAAGUCUGGCGCCAUAUUCAUAGCGUUGACAAACAUCCCGGAGCUCGGCAUGUGGUGGGACUCCUAUAAUAAGCUGUACGGCCGGACGUACAACCCGUACGACAAGUCAAGGAUUAGUGGCGGCAGCUCUGGCGGCGAAGCGGCGCUCAUAUCGGCGGCCGGUUCUGUGUUUGGCGUGGGCGCAGAUAUUGGCGGCUCUAUCCGUAUGCCGUGCUUUUUCUGCGGCAUCUUUGGCCAUAAGACCACUCCUGGUGUUGUGUCCACCGACGGAAUGUAUCCGGACGCGUCUCCCAAACGGCAAACACUGCUAUCUAUUGGACCUAUGUGUCGAUACGCUUGUGAUCUGAAGCCAAUGCUGCGAGUGAUGGCCGGCGAUAACGCGGCGAAGUUAGAGUUGGACAAAGCGGUGGAUCUGAACAAAUUGAAGUUUUAUUACAUGGAAUCCGAUGGCAACUCAUUUCACACACCGAUUCAGCCGGAAAUACGGGACGCCAUUCACAAAGUGAUCGGCCAUUUCACCAAAAAGGGCUCCUUCUCUAAGAAGGUGUAUUUCAAGCAAUUCAAGUACGGCCUCGAGAUGUGGCUCACGGCCAUGAAAGACCCCUCAGCGCCCAAAACGGCCCGACAUUUGGCCAAUUUGAACGGCGAAAUCAAUCCGUUGGUCGAGUUUUUCAAGUCUCUCAUCGGUCUCUCCAACCAUACGGUCUGUGCCUUAACUCUAUGUGUGUCCGAACUGAUCGCCAAAGGAGUCAACAAAUCCCGGUUUGAAGAGAUGCGACAGAAUUUGAUCCGCGAAUUGCAUUCACUUUUAGGCAAAGACGGUAUUCUCAUAUUUCCCGCACAUCCAGAAGAGGCCGUCAAACACAACUCAACACUCCUGAAGGUGUGGAACGUGUCGUACACUCAACUGUUCAAUACCCUCAACGUUGCCAUCACUUCCGUGCCGUUAGGGCUGAGCAGAUCCGGUCUUCCGAUCGGUCUUCAGAUCAUAUCGUCGCCAUUGAACGACAGGCUGACCAUCGCUGUGGCCGAAGAGCUCGAGAGGGCGUUCGGCGGUUGGGUUAGCCCAACGGACAUCACGUGUUAGACUAUAUUUUUGUUAUUAAUUAUUAUUAAGUUUUUUUAGGCAAAUAUCUUAUCAUAAAAUACAUAUUGACUUAAAAUCGAUGCCAUAAUCGGCGACAGUUUUGUAUAAUUUUUGUUAAAAUUAAGCCCAAGUUUUGGAUUUGCAUUUAAGAUAUUUCUUAAUUGAAUUCAAGCGACAAUUUUAGUGUAAAUUCAAAUCAAAUAUAUUUAAUAUAUACUGUAUUUCCAAAUAUUAGCACAAUUUUUAUUAUAAUUUAUGCUUAAAACGAGAAAAAACUUAUAAUAUAUUCGCUUAAAAAAGUAAUUAUUAUGUAAUAUUAUACCCGAUUUUUAUUUGUGUUAUUUGUAAUGAAAAGUAUAUUUUGGUCGACGAAAUAAUUGAUGGAAAAAAUGAUAAAUAAAACAACAUUUGAUUU